AUGCGCAUCAACAUUAACAUCAAUAUCCCUGAGUUCCACAAUGAUGAUGUGGAUGCAGAGAAUGCUAUAAGCAACAACACAAUCAGAAUCAACCGCAACUGCAACAUCAAUAUAUUCUCAAUUCGGUGCCUUACAUUUUUUUUGACACCAACAUCUGGUCACUGGGAAUGGGGGAAUGGGCCAAAGCCAAGGCCAGGAAGCCAAAAAGGAGUGCAAAGCGCUCCGUUUGCUUCCUGUUCCGAAGGCACAAUGGGUGUGAAGCUAGUAAUAGAUGUAGCAGAUGAUACUGCAAUGCCAUUUUCCUCCAUCCUUGAGGAUCUUAUCAUUGUGGAAUAUGGGUCAUUGAUGGAUGGAAUGGAUCCCAACAAUGCAGGCAAUCCACAUGCCUUGGCAGCCCAUAUGUGCAUGUGCUGGUGCAUGGACAUCUGCACUAAGGGCCUCCACAACAUUCUUGCAGAGUCAUUCAGCUUGCUUGCCACACCAACGAUGCCAAUAGAUGGGCUACCCCUGCAUGAAGACACCAGGAGCAAGCUACAUGAGGAUGCUAUAUUGAGCCAGGAGAGGCAGAGAUGCACUGCAUUAGCACAAGUGAUCUACAGUGCAAAGUCAGACUUGCAGAUGGUCUGA